AUGGCCGAGCAUCCAGACGUCCACCUGCAGGACGUCCUGAGAGGACAGAGGGACACAGGACAGAGGGACACAGGACAGAGGACGAAGAGCAGGUCCAACAUGAUCCGAGUGUUCGUCAGCUCCACGCUCACAGAUAUGAGCAGCGAGAGGAAGGCGCUGCUGGAGAGAGCUUACCCAGAAGUCCUGGCGUUCUGCCGCGGCCUGGGCCUGGUGCUGGAGGUGGUGGAUCUGCGCUGGGGGAUCCGGAACGUGUCCUCUGGAGACCACGACUCCUGUGAGGUCUUCCUGCAGGAGAUCCAGAGCUGCCAGAGGAUCUCAGCCGGGCCACACUUCAUCCUCCCGGCUCCCAAGGCGCUGCUGGGGAACCGGUACGGCCACCGCUCUCUUCCUCGCCACGUCCCGGAGAAACUCUUCGAGGUUCUUUUGUCCAAACUUUCCAAAAACCCUGAAGGCGUCAAACAGCUGAGUCAGUGGUUUCUAAAGGACAGCAAUGCUGUCCCGCCCACCUACGUCCUCCGGCCAAUCGCGGCGCACUUCCCCCACUACGGCGACCUCCGACCUGAGAGCCGGCCUCAGCACGACAGCAGCGUCCUGUCGUGGCGUUUCACAGAGAACCAGCUGUUGCAGCUCCUGCGAUCCGCCGCCGCCGCCGCCGAGGCUGCCGGUGACAUCACAGCCGAGCAGAAACAAGAGUUCUUCACAUCAGUCACAGAGCGGGAGUUCCAUCAGGGUCUGUGGGACGCCAGCCGGACGCCGUCGGCUCUGCUCUUUGUGAGAGAGACCCCCCGGCAGCGGGCGAGGGACGGCCCCAAGCGUCUCGCCAAGUUCAUGGACCUGAACGCCGACGGGCUGCUGGACGCCGACGCUCAGGGACUCCUCGCCGACCUCAAGUCCCGCCUCUACGUCUCCUGUAAGGACAUCCUCAACCUGCACUGUGUGGAGCUGAGCAAGGGCAGCGUGGAGCCCAGGCGCCGGGAGCACGCCCACUACCUGGACGCCGUGUGCGAGCAGUUUGUGUCACAGAUGAAGUCUCGCAUCACAGCGGCGGUGGACCCCCCCGCCGAGGGGGGGCGCAGGAGGGUGUGGGGACGCAUCGAGGAGGAGGAGGACACGUCGGACCGGAUGCUGGAGGAGGUCGGACAACAUGUCUCCAGGAGUGAGGAGCUGAGCAGGGGUGUCAUCGGCAGGGAGGGACUUCUGGCUAAGCUCCGCCUCUCCAUGCGGGAGUCCACCAGUGUCCUCCACGACCCCCUGGUGGUCCGCGGCCCCCUGGUGGUCCACGGGGGGGCUGGCAUGGGGAAGACGGCUCUGCUCUGCAAACUGGCGCAGGAGAUGCAGAGGGUCCUGAAGGCCGGGUCCGUGCUGGUGGUCCGGCUGCUGUCAGCUCGCCAUCCUCAGAGACCACACAUCGACCACGUCCUCCGCAGCGUCUGCCUCCAGGUGUGUGUGGCGUGCGGCCUGGCUCCGCCCUCGCCGCUGAUCGCCGGCACGCACCUGGAGCUGCUCCGGUUCUUCAGGAACCUCCUGGCCCAGGUGUCCCAGCAGGGGAGGAGCCUGGUCCUGGUCCUGGACGGCGUGGACCAGCUGUCCGACCAGCAUCAGGCGCACACACUCUGCUGGCUGCCCGCCCGCCUCCCGCCCAACGUCCACCUGCUGGUUUCCAUGGAUACCAGCAGCGAGGCGUUUGCCAGGAUGCGGCUGAGGGCGGAGUCUCUGGGGAGCUUCGUGGAGGUGGAGCGUUUGUCUCGUGGCGAGGGGAAACAGAUGCUGGAGUCGAACCUGCGAGCUCGCCAGAGGACUCUGACCCGGGAGCAGAGCGACGCCGUGCUGAGCAGCUUCCACGCCACCGGCUGUCCGCUCCACCUCAGGACGAUCCUUUCCGCCGCCACACGCUGGUCGUCCUUCACGCCGCUCACAGAGAUCCACCUGAGCGCCAGCACACAGGAAAUGAUGUCACAGCUCUUCCUGAUGCUGGAGGAGACACAUGGGAAGGAGCUGGUGGGAGGAGCCUUAGGAUACCUCGCUCUGGCCAGGGAGGGGCUACUGGAGGCGGAGCUACGCGACCUCCUGUCCCUGGAUGAUGAUGUCAUCAGUGAGGUGCACAGGUACUCCCUCCCUCCGACCCCCUCGUUGAUCCGGCUGCCCCCCCUCCUGUGGGCGCGACUCAGGCGGGACCUGGAGGACCAGCUGGAGGAGCGGUGGAGGGGCGGAGUCUUGUUUCUGUCGCUCAGCAACAGGCGCCUGUCGGAGGCGGUUUCAUCUCGCUAUCUGAUGUCAGAGCGUCGGGGGCGGAGCCACAGGAUCCUGGCAGAGUACUUUCAGGGUCGGUGGGCGGGGAAACUGAAGCCGGCGGUGCUGCCGGGUCUGUCGCUGGUGCUCGCCGACAGGAAGGUCCCGCCCCAGCCGCUGUGGUUCGCUCCAGGAUUGGCUAACGUCAGGAAGCUCCAGGAGCUGCCCUAUCACCUGCUGCACGCCGGCCUGUGGGAGGAGCUACGACAGGAAGUGAUCGGCAACGCUGAGUGGCUGUUCUGUCAGAGCCGGGUGGGGGGGGGGGUCAGCGGGGUCAUCCAGGACCUGGACCACAGCUCCCAGCUCAUGGACUGCACCGAGACCCGGCUGAUCCGAGACGCUCUGGUCCUCAUCAAACCCACCAUGGACUUCCUGGACAGUCACAUGGACAUGUCUCUGUUCUUCACCGAGCUGCUGGCCCGACUCUGCUCCUUGGCGCCGGGCUUCCCCUCUGUGAUUGGCCGGCUGUGCACUCAGUGCGAGGAGUGGUUACUCACGUGUCCAGACCCCGCCCUCAUCCCCAAGUGCAGCUUCCUGCAGCCGCCAGGGGGGGCGCUGCAGCACACGCUGAGCGGGCUGCAGGGAGGUGUCCUCUGUCUGGACGUCAGUGUGGAGGCGGAGCUUCUGGUGUUGGGUCUGGAUGAUGGCGUGGUGAUGGUGUGGCGCCUCAGUGACCAGCAGCUGCUUCACACGCUGCUGGGACACAGCGGCCCUGUCUUGUCCAUCAAGGUGAUUGACAGCUCAUCUUGCUGCCUCUCAUUGGCUGCUGACGGCUCUCUGAGUAGGUGGAGCCUGAUGACAGGCCAGCAGCUGCUCUGCAUCCAGGGGGCGGCGCCUGUUGACUCCUCCCCUUCGCCGGUCCAGCUCCACCUGUCCGAACAGAGCCAGCUGAUCUAUGUUUACACCGGCACGCAGGUGAAGGUGUGGACGCAGGAAGGGGCGGAGCUCUUCAGCAGCAGCGGGGAGGACGGCUCGGUGGUUCUGGGAGUUCUGGAGGAAUCUGUGUUUUCUCUGACGGACUCGGGUCUGGUCCGGAUCUUUCAUCCUCUGCACGACGCUGUGGAGACGCAGCUGGAAAACUCUCCGACGCGUUUGAGUCUCGUGAAAACGGUCGUUUCACCGAAACGUGGGAAAGUGUUUGUGACCACGAGAGACGGCGUCCUGCACCAGGUGACUGGAAAACACUCGUCUGUGGAGUUUCCUCUGGUUCCUUCGUUACUUUGUGUAACUGAAGACGAGAAGCUGCUGAUCGCAGCCGCUGAACGAACUCUGAGCCUCUUCAACCUCGACCGGGACCCGGUGGACAGAGUCCUGGACCUGCAGCACGAGGACGAGGUCCUGUCCGCCUGCGUCUCCUCAGACGGUCGCCUGCUCGCCUCCGGAGCCGCUGACCAGCUCAUACGGAUCUGGUCCGUGACCACCGGGGCGCUGCUGGACUCGCUGUGUGGAUCGGAUGCUCCCGUCACGUCUGUGGUGAUCUGCGGAGGUUCUGUGGUUUCAGCCUCGGCCGCCGCGGCCUCCGUGCACCUGUGGAGUCUGAAGUACGACGCCCGGCACCAGCCUGCCGCCCACAUCCCCUCAGGCUCCGCCCACGUCGCCAUCACCAGGGAUGCUGAUCGAGUUUUCUUCGUCCGACAGUCGAGUCAGAGAGAAGUGAUGAGCUGGAACAACAGCACAGGUUGUCUGUCCGAGCGUCUGUCCACCUCGGCUCAGGUCAGCUGUCUGGAGCUGGCUCAGCACAAGCGCCUGCUCCUGUGCGGUCUGACCUCCGGCACCGUCCUCAUCUACCCGCUGGCUCUGCCCCAGGAGACCCUGUGCAUCCCCCCCCCGGAGAGCCUGUGCAGCGUGCUGUGCGUGGCGGUCGGCGCCCGCGAGAAGCACGUGGCCGUGGCCUACGAGGACUCGUUGGUUUGUCUGUUCGAGAUCUCAGCCAGAGACAGCUGUCCCACGGUGGAGGGGCCCCUGCACCGCGUCCCCCUGUCCCUCCUCCAGGGGCCGCUGUCCUCCAUGGCGCUGCUGUCCGACCUCCGGCUGCUGUACGGGACCAGCUGCGGGGGGGUGAGGCUCCUGGACCUCCGCAGCGGCGCCGGGUCGGAGCUGGAGCCGCACCGCAGCAGAGUGACCUGCGUGACGGGCAGUACCUGGGGGACGCACGCCCUGGUGGGCUCCCAGGACGCCGUGCAGAGGCUGUGGGCCUUGACCCCGCUGACCCUGGACCACACCAUGGAGUACAAGGGUUUCCUCUUCGAGGGCGUCCUCUCCGCUGCGUUCUCCGAGAGCGACCGGUUCGUCUUCACCGGUUCUCAGGACAAAACCGUCAAAGUGUGGAGCGUUCAAACAGGAAACCUGCUGUACGUCCAGUACGUCUACUCGCCCGUGGUCCGGAUGGUGACCUUCAGGAACGGCUUCGUGGCGUUGUCUCAGCAGGGCGCCGUCAUCAGAGAAGUCUUCCACUGCCCAGACCACAUCGCUCCGGACUACAACCCUCUGAGGAACGUCAAGGCUCAGUACCACGUCACCUCCAGGGAGAAGAACCGGGACGUCCAGCAGAACUCUGGGUCCGGCCCCCAGGACUUUAACCCCGCCCAGUUCCACCUGAACUUCACCAGCAUGCUCCAAGCCAAACCCUCGUCCACCUGCGUCAUACUGUAG